ACCUGGCCGCAUUGUUGAAAUGGACCGAAGAAGAAAAGAUGGACCACCUGGGACAGCAUGUGUCUUUGAGUUUGGGGAGGGACAUAAUGACCAUCGUAGCCGCGAGCCGAUCCUGAAAGGAAACCCGGGAUGUGAUGAUGAGAAAAUACCUGGCGCAGGAGAAGAUGGCAACGGAGGCCGAUUUAGCGGCAGUCCAGAGAAAAAACUUCGCAACGUACAAUGACUUCCUAGGGGAGUUUACUCUGGUAGCACUAAGGAUCCCCGGGGUUAUGAACCGAGUAAUGAGCAAAUACUUCCUCAGGCAGUUCUCCGAGUUUGACAAAGACAAGAUUCUGUCAGCCUACCAGCAGACAAGCAAGUUCGUAAAUACCAGGGAUGUUGAUUUUAGCACCGUAACGGACCUGGCCGAAAAGACGGUAGUGACCGAGACGUUGGCCUUGCUUAAGGAAGGGGAGGUCAUAGACCUGACCGGUAGGACAUGCGACAAGGUAAAGAAGGGGAUUGAAAGCCUACAUGAACGGGUGCACGGAGUCGACCACAAAAUUGAAAGGGUGGAGAACGCGCUACAGGUUAUGAAGGCGCAGGUAUCUCGACCCGCCCUCCCUUCCCCAAAAGCCGUAGUUCCGCCAGGUGUAACCAAUCGAGGAUUCAGACGGAGAGAUCCUGCUAACGAGAAAUGCAAGCACUACACCGCGAUGGGAUAUUAUGUGCGCGCCUGCCCCAAACUCAACCAUGAUGUAUUAAAAAGGAGAUGUACCAGGUCGUUAAAGGGAGAGAUAUUCGGACCGCAGAGAGAACGGGUGAAUUGGAACUCGCCAGGGGGGAUGCGACGAGCUAUUAUCAUGCUCAAUGGGUUAGAGAUAGCAGCGGUAGAAGCUGAGCCGAUGGUCGAAAUCAUCUGGGAUCAACUUCGGGGCCGCGGACCGCAUGUCAACUUCAUUUUGAAAAACGAUGGACGUGAUAGGGUGAACGCGACUACUCGGCUAGGGACGGCUGGGAGAAGGAUUAUGCGUGACACCAUGAUGGAGGAGGUUGCUGGAAGUUCCGUACCCCAGGUGGAGCCUGGGGCCGAGGAACCAGAGAAAGUCUAUGGGAAGCCUAGGGAAGAGGAACCUACAGACAAAGUUACCGCCGCUAAAAAAAAGUUUAGGUAUCAGAUUCCGAUCUUAACCAUGCCAGAAAUCAAUCACACCCCUAGCAAAUUACUAGGGACCAUGGUGUCGGUGUCGUUUCAGACCAUGCUGCAGGCCAGCCCUAGGUUGCUCAAAAGGCUUAGACAACUUUUGACUCGGCGGCGAGUAGAAAUAGACGAGAACCCCGACGCACCGGAAGAAGAAAGGGAGGAGGAAGCCCCGCAAGUCGCCAACCUUCAGAGGAGUUGCGGGGAUCUGGAGGAUCUCGAGAAGGCCUUUGCGGACAUCCGCCUGAGCUUACCGGACCGAGAAGGUGGUGAGGUCUUGAGGGCACCUCCCGGAACAAAACUUAGCUUCCAUGCACUACCCAUGGGGAAGUUGAAAAUCCAGAUCGGGACUCAUCAUACCGACGCAUUAGUAGACGGGGGAGCGAAAAUCACUGUCAUAAGGAGGGAUUUCGCAACGAUCACGGGCUGUACGGUAAAUAAGGAAGUAACAGGGAGCAUCCGGGGAGCCGGUGGGGAAAUCCCAUUCGCUGGGUACGUCACGAAAUGCGCAGUCAAGGCGGAAGUCAGGGAGUCAAUCUGGUCGUUCCAACGGAUAACAGUAAUGGAGGAAAUGAACCACGAUAUAAUCGUCAGGAGACCGUGGUGCGCAAACGUAGAAAUGAUAGGCAUGCACUUCCACGAUGACACGUACAUGGUAGACAUAGAGGACCCAGUGACCGGCCGGGGAGAGCUCCUUCGACUUCUAGGGACAGGAGGAGACCCUCCGAAGGGGAAAUUGGCAACAUGGUCGCCGUCGUUCGAAGAUAGCGCACGAAAGGCGGCCUUUGCGCGGAUGGAGGGCAUGAGAGAAAGGGUAGAAGUUAUAAUUGAGGAAGCGUUCAACAAGAAGGAAUGGAUCAAGAUGGGCCUGCCCCAGAAGAAGAGGAGGCAGGAGGACGAAAUCUUGGGCGUUAUGGUAGCAGAAAAGGAAUCAGAAGUCGAACUCAGUGCCAGCCAGCCUAGACGGAAAGAAGUACGCAUGAAUGUGCUAGAAGUUGCACUCGAGAUCCCCGAUUUAGGCGACAAGGGUAAUCCCGACCGUUCAUUUUUUAGGAGAAAAAUCCCGGAAGGAAGUGUUCGAAAGUACAAGCCUGUAGGAAAGAAAGCAAAACCGGUCUCGAUCCAGCUAGGGACAUCAAAGCAAGAAGCUAUGGAGAAGGAGGAGGAAGUCCUUCGAGUGAUCCAAGAGAGGAGAGCGACGGAAGGGCAUCGAAUACCAGAUGAGGUAGCUGAUACAAUGAAGAUAGGGGUAGACGGAUUCCUAACGGAAGAGGAAAACCGCCUGAUCAAAAGAACCUGCCAAGAGUUUCACCUGGCAUUUGCCAUUAGUGGUCACAAAAAAGGACGACAGGACGCAAAGCUGAUUCCUCCGGUCAGAAUCCACACGGUAGAGCAUGAGUGCUGGAAUGACAAGGGUCCGUCCUAUGAAUUAGGGAUAGCAGGGGAAGUGACAGACCUUCUCCGAGCAAAGAUGGAUUCCUUCGUCACAGAACCUACAGCGUCGCCAUACGCGAACCGGUGGUUCGUCUUUCGGAAACCCAACAAGACGCUGAGGUGGAUUCAGGAUCUGCAGAAGUUGAAUGAGGUAACCAUCUGGGAUGCUGGCCUGCUGCCUCAGGCUGAUUUAUUAGCAGAGUCGCACGUUGGUCGGAGCAUUUACUCCCUGAUCGAUCUGUACUCAGGGUACGACCAGCUUCCAUUGGAUGUCCGGGACAGACCGUACACCGCAAUACACACCCCCGUAGGACAAUUGCAGAUGCAGGUGACCCCUAUGGGCUUUACGAACGCCGUAGGCGAAGCACAAAGGAGAAUGCUCGCCGUAGCCGGAGACAUGUUUCCAGAAACGUGUGAGCCCUAUGUCGAUGAUAACCCAAUCAAAGGCGCUCAAGAGAAGGACGAGACUGAAGUCCAGCCGGGAAUUCAAAGAUUUGUAUGGGACCAUCUACAAGAAAUCAAGGACUUACUCCGCCGGUUCCUAGUAUACAACAUUACGGCUAGCGGACCAAAUAGUAUUUUAGCAGUACCGGAAGUAACCAUACUAGGAUUUCGCUGCGGUGCUUACGGUAGGAAGCCAGAUCCGGCAAAGACCGACAAGAUAUCACAGUGGCCAACGCCCCUGCGCACGACAACGGAGGUAAGAGCAUUCCUAGACGUGGUCGGCUUUUGGAGGAUCUUCAUUAAGAGUUUUGUCAAGAUUGCUGAGCCUAUCUGGGCUAUGAUCAGAGAAGAAGGGACCGUGGAUUGGACGGAGGAGCGAGAGGGAGUCGUCCAAACCCUCAAGGACAUACUGACAUUUGAGCAAGUCGCCUUGUCCGCACCCUGUUUCAAUGACGAAGUGGGACGACCCUUCAUCAUAGAGACGGAUGGAGGACCCUUGACCGUCGGAGGCUUGCUGAUUCAAAAGGAUGAGGAAGGGAAAAAGAGGCCAAUUAGGUUCGAGAGUAGAACCCUGAACUUCUCAUAACGGCGGUACUCACAAUUUAGAAGGAGGUCCUAGCCAUCUUGCAUUGCCUCAAGACCU